AUGAAUCAAACUGAUCUAUAUUCGUUCGUAUCGUUACUUGAGGCAAUAAAAUAUGUUGGUACAACAUCUGGUUUGUAUAUAAAUGAAACAUUAGUGUUACUACCAUUGAAAUCCAAAUGGUCAUCAAUCAUAAGUAUUCUUCCACUUAUAUUAGGUUUUAUUGGUUUGUUAUUCAAUAUUCUUGCCUUAUUAAUAUUUAAAACAUCUAGAACAUUUCGAAAAAAUUCAUUUCGUUAUUAUAUUUAUGCAUUUGCAAUAAUAAAUUGUGCAAGUGUUUUAACUCAUUCAUGGCUUUAUCUUAUAUUUUAUGUAGUUCAUCCAACACAUUUUUGUAAAUAUUUACAAUAUUUUCAACAAUCAACAGCAACAACAUCACUUUGGAUUAUGGUUUUAUUAUCAUUAGAACGUUCAUUAUCAUUUUCAUUGCCAUUUACAAUUAAAAAAUUAUUACAAUCUCAUAUAAUAUGUUUUAUACUUAUAUUUGUUACAUGUUUAUGUUUUGCAUUACAUAUUGAUGAAUUAAUUUCUGUUGAUGUUAAAGCAUUUCGUUGGGUAAAUUUUGCAUAUGGUCUUUGUUCAGUUAAACGACAUUUUCAUUUAUUAACUGAACGUAUUGAAAUUAUUACACAUGCAAAUUCAUUUAUAUUACCAUUUUUAUUUAAUUCAAUACUUGAUAUAUAUAUAUGUUUUAAAAUUUGUCAACGACGUAAACGUAUAACAAAUAGAUCAUCAUUAUUAUCACCAUCAUCAUCAAAUAAUCAAAAUAAAGGAAAAACAAAAUGUCAACGAUUAAAAAAAUCAUUAGCACAUGAAAUAACAUUAACAUUAUUAUGUCAAUCAUUGUGGUUAUUAUUUACAUAUUUUCCAACACAUUUAUAUUAUUUUUUAAUAUCAUUUAAAUUAAUUAAUGAUUAUGAUCGUGAUAAUUCAACAGUAAAUUUUUUUAUGAGACAAAAUUUACUUAUUUAUUUAGCUUUUUCACCAGCACUUUAUGUUAUAUUAAGUCCAACAUUACGAAAAGAAAUUCAUUCAUAUAUGUGUCAAUCAUAUCAGCGACAUCGAUCAACAACUUUAUCAAAUAUGACAAGUUCACAAAAUAAAGUUCGAAAUUUUUUUUCCAAUCGUCAUCAUCAUGAUCAUCAUCAUCAACGACGACAACAACAACGACUACGAAGUACUGAACAAAUAAAUUUAGCUUUUUCAAUGACAACAUGUGAACAAAUGAUUGGAAAAGUUGUAUCGAAACCAUCAAUAUCUGUACCUUUGAAAACUCAAUAUAUAUCAAAAAGUGUACCAUGUUUACUUAAAUACAAUAAUAAACAUGAAUAUGAUGAACAUCACGAAACAGAACAAUUGAAUACAUUACAUAAGUGA